AUGGAUAUGGAAAUUGAUAAGGAAAAACUUCGUUCUGAAUUGGAACGUGUUUGUACUACAAAAAAUUAUAAAUUUGCAUAUGGUACCGCAGGUUUUAGAGAUCUAUCAACUAGACUAGAUACUGUAAUGUUUACUACAGGAAUCGUUGCCGCAACUAGAUCAUUGACACAUAAUGGAAAAUUCACCGGUGUAAUGAUCACUGCAUCGCAUAACCCUCCUCAAGAUAACGGUGUUAAGAUCGUGGAGCCUAAUGGUGAUAUGUUAUUACCUGCUUGGGAACCAGAAAUUACCCAUUUAGUGAACUUGGCCUCAAAUGAUACUUUUGAUAACUGGUAUGCUGCUGUGUUGAAUUUCAUCAGUUCAAAAUUGACUGAUAAUCAAUCAAUCAGUAAUGUCGCUGGUCCCUUGACCCCCCAUAUUAUGGUGGCGUACGAUUCACGAGAAUCAAGCCCUCAUCUCUUGGACUGUCUUUUGGCUGGGGUCCAAGCUUGGUUUGGUUCGGGAAACGUCGUUAUCAAAAAUCAUGGGUUGUUGACCACACCCCAAUUGCAUUAUUUGACAUCAUUGCAAAAUGAAGAUGUCUCUGUCUCAAACUAUAAUCACUUCUUCCAAUCCUCUUGGAAUAAAUUGUACAACAAUGAUAUGGCACAAUCUUUACCAUUCGAUAAUCUUUUUAUUGACACCGCAAACGGUGUUGGUAGUAGACAAUUGGAACUAUUUCUAAAAGAUUGGAGUUUUCCUAAAGAUCGUAUUCAUAUUAUUAACAAUAAUUAUACAAAACCAUCUGAGUUAAAUGUUAACUGUGGUGCAGAUUUUGUUAAGACUCAGCAUAGAUUACCACAACAGCAGCAGCAGCAGCAUAGAGUUAUCACAUCCAGGGAUUUAUGUUGUUCGUUUGAUGGUGAUGCUGAUCGUAUUGUAUUCUAUUAUCAAGACUCAAAUAAAAUUUUUCAUCUAUUAGAUGGGGAUAAAAUCUCAACACUUUUCGCUAAAUUCUUGCAAAAAUUAUUGAUCAAAUCUAAUCUGCAAGAUCAACUAAAACUAGGUGUAGUCCAAACUGCAUACGCAAAUGGUAAUUCAACAAAAUAUCUUAGUGAAACAUUGCGUGUCCCUGUAUCGUGUACCAAGACAGGUGUCAAACACCUGCAUCAUGAAGCUCAAUCAUCAUAUGAUAUAGGUAUCUAUUUCGAAGCAAAUGGACAUGGUACAGUUCUUUUCUCAGACAAAUUUUACUCUUUAAUCAAAGAUAGAAUGUCCACUAACGAAAGUGCUCGUAAACUGUACCAUUUCAGUAACAUCAUAAAUCAUACGGUGGGUGAUGCUAUAUCUGACAUGUUGGGUGUCUUGAUCGUUUUAAUCACAUUAGGAUUGACUCCUUAUGAUUGGGAUUCAGAGUAUCAUGAUAUACCUAAUCUAUUAACUAAAGUCAUCGUCCCAGAUAGAACAUUAUUUGAAACCACAGAUCAAGAAAGAAAAUUAGUAAAACCCACAGGAUUACAAACAAAAAUUGAACAAUGUUUCAGUAAAUUUAAUCAAGGAAGGUCCUUUGUUAGAGCAUCAGGUACUGAGGAUGCUGUUAGAAUAUAUUGUGAAUGUAGUGAUGAAUCCCAAGUUAAAUUAUUAUCAAAAGAAAUAACUGAUUUAGUUUUAGCUAGUGUUUAA